GACACUACAAAGUGUAAUUAUGUUUGACUCGAGAAUAUUUUCAGGAAACAAGUAAAUCUUAAAAAUCGAAAUCCUCCCUUUUCAUUUUCUUCCAUGAAGCCCCACUGUCGCUCUAAAAGGUCAGGUCUAAAUUCCUGGGUGUCGAAGCCUCCAAAUUGUUGAUCAAUGGCUGAAUCCUUGGGUCCACGAUUGUACAGCUGCUAUAAUUGUCGAAAUCAUGUUUCUCUCCACGACGAUAUCAUUUCCAAGUCUUUUCAGGGAAGAAGUGGGCGAGCAUUUUUGUUUUCGCAUGCAAUGAAUAUAAGAGUAGGAGCAAAAGCAGACAGGCAUCUCAUAACGGGUCUCCACACAGUUGCGGAUAUUUACUGUGGUGAUUGCGGUGAGUUGUUAGGUUGGAAAUACGAGCGAGCUUACGAGGCAUCGCAGAAGUACAAGGAAGGUAAAUUUAUACUUGAGAAGGCAAAGAUUGCUAAGGAGAAUUGGUAGUAGCAUUCAUUUCUCUACUAAUUGGAAAUGUUGUCAUUGUUUCCCACCACCAUGCCUAAUGUCUUGCCAUUUCCCCAUGUUAAUAGAUCUGUGGUAUUAUUCUCAACUACUCUCUUAUUUUGCACUAGCAUUCUGCAUUAUGAUUAUUGUUUAUGCUUUUUUUCAAAAUUUCAAUGCAUGAUGUAAUAAUUUUCUUUAAAUGUUGGAGAGGGGAAGAGAUGAAAAUGUUUAAAUUUAUGCCAUCUAGAUGUUGGACAAGAA